GUUGUUUACAUAAGAGUAACGUCCCAUGUGAGCCACAAUGACUUGGCUGCAUUCAGCAGGCGUGUUUAAUGACUGAUACAGCUGGUGUUCGGUGACAUGUCGGCAUGAAAACACUUCUUGUGAAGAAAAGCGUCCUUUUUCACUCCUGAUGGAGCCUCCUUCGUAUGAAGAGGCCAGUCUCCACCCUCCACCUCUGACCACAGAAGGAUUAAACAUCCCACCUCCCCCUUCCUAUGACGCCUCCCUCUCCUCUCCCGCAACGCCUCCCCCCACCUAUGGAGAAGCAGUUACAAUCCAGCCGGAUCCAUUUCCACCCUCUGUGCCAGCUGCUGGGACCUCGCCUCCCCAAAACACUGAAAACAUAAUCCACCCACAUACACAAGUUGGUGUAAGGCCGGCUCUCAACGGCAGACAAACUCAGCCAGUAGUAGUUGUGACCCAGCCGACGCCUGUUCCUAUCUCAGUGACAUGUCUGAGAGACAGCCCUGCUUUGGUCCGCUGCCCACACUGCCACCACACUGUCACCACUAAAGUCAUAUACCUGCCUGGGAGGGCUGCCUGGUGUCUGUGUGUACUUCUCACAUUGAUGGGGUUGGUCUGUGGUUUCUGUCUGAUCCCAUUCAUGGUACGUGGACUACAAGAUGCACAUCACUCCUGCCCACGGUGUGGAAAUCAUUUGCACGUAUACACGGGAUGACGCCGUCAGGAUGGAUAAUCCUCCUGCUGUCCUCAGUCCACCCAAAAUCUUACAACACUCUACUGCGUUUGUCACAUCGUGGGUAAAUAGUUUGUCAUGAGCUAGGAAUGUAAGCAGCUCACUCUACAAGCUACAGGGGGAAACAGAGUGUAUUUAAGUGAUUAUAAGUGUUUAAUAUAUAACAGAGUACAUACUGAGCGUAAGGAUGGACAGAGGAGAAGUGGAUUAUGAGAAGAUUUGAGAAGUUUCUGUGAAUAUUUUUGUACAUUUUUUUUCUGCUGUAGAUACUUGUCACAUUUAAAACUACUUAAAAUAUUGAAUUUUUAAUUGUGAAUUUCAUCUCCGUAGUUGACAGUUUUGAACAUUUUAAGACAUUCUUCAGAAGCACACAAGCAUUUGUAACAUAUGUAGUAGGAAACUAGGCAAAAACACUUUUUGCACUUUUUGAUCUUUUGUAUGAAUUUAUCAUGGGGGUGGGUGGGAUGUUAAUUUAAAAAGAAAAAUGAGGAGGAAGAGAAUAUUGAAUCCAUCCCUCCAUUCAGCAGAAUUUUAUCACAAGUCAGACUGAGAGGACACUUAUCAGAAACAAGAUGAUGUCCAGUCCAGGGACUUAAUUUGUCGUUCUGUUUUUGUUUUUCAUGGAUUAUAAUGAUUAUUAGUUUCCAUAUUUAAAUAAGCAAAUAAAUCUUUGUUAUUUCUCUUUUUCUUCUACAGAUAUAGCUAAUGCUAAUGUUUACUGACUGCAAUGAAAUGGGGGAAACCUGUCCAAGUAUGAAUGCCAGACAGGUUUUUCUUUGUUAAACCAAACAAAGCCAAUUAGAAAACUGCACACCCAUGGUAACCCCACACAAGUGGUUUGAGUUAUUCUGAUUAGACCUCUGCUCAGGACUGGGUGUGGGUGUGCACAGACAAAUUACACCAUUAACACUCUUAGUAGCAGCCUACAUGGGAGUGAGCUGAUGUAAUUCCAGCAUAAAGCUCAACCCAGCUUCAAUCUGAGCACGUCUCAUCAGAGAGUGAGUGAAAACACCUGUGUGGUUGUGCAGAGUCAUCAAGGUACAAUCUGUGAUCCAAAAUAUUUUGUCCCAAGAGCAAAAAAAAAAAAAAAAUUACAAAAUGAAAUCACAGUGAUUGGACCCUGCAGCCCCUCAAAUUGAUUGACAGAACUUUUAAUACAGACACAGGACAAAAAUUAAAUGUAAAAUAUGAAUGUUUUUGUUUGCUCUAAAAGAUUUGUUUACAUAAGUAAAUUCUUCACACACCGUAGAAGGCUUAUAUUUUGAAUUGUAAUUUUAUUAUGAAAACAGUUGUGAAUUAUGAAUUAUUAUCACAAGAAACACAAAAUGGUGUUAAAAAGUUUUUAAAAAAUACAUACAGUCCUUUAAGUCAAUUACUGUGAUGAACACCGACUGUACAGUUUUAACCCUGUCAAUGAAGCUGAUUAUAUUCUAUAUUUUUUAGUUUUUCAAAUUUACUUCCAUGUCAUAAAUUUGCCUUUUUGUCUUUGCAUUACUUUUAAAAUUACUUUUCAAAGAUAAAAUGUUAUUAUAGAUGUUACACAGAGAGAGACAGUGUGUGCGUAGAUCUUUACAAAUGUGUAUCUUGUUGAGAAGAUACCAGAUUCAUGAACUCUAUCUGUCUUUUAAAUAUGAACCCUAACCCAUUGACAGAGCCAGGCUAGCAGUCUCAAUGCUAAGCUAACCGUCUCCUAGCAGUAGCUUCUAAUUUACCAGACAGAUAAUGUAUGAGAGUAUGGUAUCAAUCUUCUCACCUAACUGUGGGCGAGAAAACAAAUAAGCUUAUCUCUCAAAAUGUUGAACUAUGCCUUCAAUAGUUCCUUUACUGUGAUUAAACCUGCUGUGAAUUCCUGGUGUGGAAAACAGGCCGAAGGUUGAAGAUGAAGCAUAUAGUAUAGUGCCUGUACUGCUGAGUCUAUUAACUACAAUGCAAUGACCCAUUAAUUAAUCUUCUCUACCCGUCGCUGUAAUGACACACC